UGAAUCCCAUCAUACACUUUGGCCAAAAUGGCGGCCUCCACGAAGAAUAGAUUUGUAAACAUUACAUUAAAGUCUCUUGAAAUUAUUACAACUGUUAUUGUUUUACAAAUAGUUUUUAGCGUUGUAUGUGAACAGUAUGACGCCAUUGAAGGUUUCCUUCUCUGUAGAAAAUGUGGUCACCAAAUUGCACAAGCCCAGCAUCUCUUCUCUAUGCCAAGUAAUAUGGCACUGAGACAGAGGAAUGACACAAUUGUGAACAGCAACAGAGUUCUGAUUCAACUUUUUAAAAACCCACAGGAGGUUUACUUUGAACUUGUGACAAGUCUACAUGCCGAGUUGGAGUCUGACCUUCAGAAGUUUUCUGGGGAUACUUGGUUUCCUGGCUAUGCCUGGAGUGUUGCAAAGUGUCCGAAAUGUGGAACACACUUGGGAUGGAUUUACUAUGCCACAGAAGCUGCCAAAGACUCACUCAGUAAUCAAAUUUCAUCAUUUGUUGGUCUCAUUUUGGACAAAAUAAUGCACGAGGAUGAUGUCAGCAACUUGAUAGCGAUGCCAAAAACUUACACCAGCUGAGGCAUGCAGAGCACAGAAUAAUUAUUUUCAAAAGAGAACUCUGAAAGGGAAAUAACCACCACCAUGUUUGUUCAAUCCGUCAUUUUAUUAUCCGUGAUAUUUAUUUACUCUUUCAAUCCUGUAUUUUGUACUGUUUCAAUCUUUACAUAAUAAUCUUCAUUUAUCUAUUAUUGGAAGUAGAUUAUUUAUGGAAAUUAUGGAAAUCACUAGAAUGAACAGUAACAAAAUGCUUUAUCUUAAAUAGAUUUCAAAUACAGUGGACUCCGACUCCAGUUAAAUGGACUGAAUUAAUCAGAGCAGCUGCAUAUUAGAGUACAGAAACAAAUCCUUUUUUAGUCAUAUAUGGAUAAUCAGACCUGCCAAUUAUUAGGAUUAAAAUAAUCACAUCCUGAUUUGAUCCAAUUAAUCUGUAAUUACUAUUCUUACUGUGCUGAGGGUUUUACAGGUUUUUGGGCCCCACCCACGUCUUUUUUAGUUUCAGCCUUGUUAUGUUCUACAAAAUAAGUUUUACUUAUAAUUAAAACUGUGCAGAUCAGUUAAACAACGUUUUACAUAUCAAAGAUAAACGUUUUAACUGUUUUCUGGAAGUUAUUUGUAUAACCAUAUUUUUUUUUGAAGGUCAAAACUCCUCUCGUUAGUACGUUAAGUCUAGUCAUUUCUGCUUAAGAAGAACAGGUUGAUUGAACAACCACAGGGUUUUUAGUUCUUUCAAAAAAAAAUCUGCAGAAAAAUUGUCAAAGAAAUGUAAAUCUUUAAUUAACAAAAAGUAAAAAAUUAUGAAACAAACAGAAAAUCUAGAAACUAAUUUUUACUUGCUAGAAUUCUAAUUUGAUAACACGCUUACUGCUUCAUUGAAUACAUAUGUUGUCGACUAUUUGUUAUUGGCUUUGCGCAUUGUCUCUUGUAUUAAAAACUGUUUACCAUUUUGAAAGCUUGUGAUAGACUGGGCAUAUACUGCUUGGUUAACCCUUUACGCUCUUGUCCAGCAUUGAUGGGUUUGUCUGCUUUUUACUGCUGCAUUCUAUCUGUAUAAGUAUUUUUGUUGUAGCAAAUGAUGAAUUGAGUUUUUUAAAGAUGUUAUCAGGAUGAAUGACAGUGAGGCAUUUGGUAUGAAGAAUUAGAAUAAGCCUGCAGAAUUAGCUAGAUCAUGUGCAAUAUUUUAGCAUUUCUUUAAGUAUUACCACAAUGUAAGAUGUUUUAAUUUUUCAAAUACCCUACAUUUCUUUUUCAGUUUACAAAAAAAUGUAUUAGAAAUGACUGUCAAGUGUUAAUGAAAAGCUCAUCUCUCUGAUAAAAAGAUUCCUCCACUAUUAUCUUCUCAGUUUUUUAUCACGAAGUCGUGUUGGUGUGUGCUAGCGACUGGCAUGCCAAUGGUUCCAGAGUUCGAAUCUUGCCCACUUCUGUCAACUGACAUCCUGCAGGAGGUUUGGGCUAGGAUGUAAUAAUCUUCAUAUUCGAAGGAGUGUCUGCAACUUGUAAAACAAAACAAAGUGCAGCAAGUUCUUUUUGUCUUUAGGGCCUGCUGCCUUUCUCAGUUGUGCCCUGCUGCCUUUCUCAGUUGUGCCCUGCUUUCAUUCGUUUUCCAUCUCAAUUUCAUAGACAUCUGUAGUUAUUCCCCUUAGAUAAGCUUAGCUUUGUUGUUAAAAGUAUUUUAAAAUUCUUUCAGUUUUCCUCAUUGCUAUCGCAGUCAAUUGGGCUUUCUGCUCAUGUUAUUACUUGCUGAGAUAUUUCUCUUAUCCUUUUACCUGUUUGGUUUCUAUUAUGAUUUAACUGAGUUCAAGUCUCAAACAUGCAAAAAGUGUAUAAAGUGCACAUUUGAAGAGUGAAUCUAUUGACGUAAGAAUAGAUGUUGUGUGAUAAAUGUUGGCAUCAUCAGUUCUAUACUCCUACUGUCAAUGGUAUCCAUAUACUUCUGGUCAGAUUUUAAACGUACUCAAAUGUUCUCAACCAUUUUACUUUAAUGUUGACAAAUGCUGUUUUUUUUUUCAGUAGAGAUACUGUGUAUAACUAGAUAAAUUUAUUGUUAUUUAUUUGUCUCAGGAUUUUGAUAUCUAUUAUGAUGAUUAUUAACUACAUCAAAAGAAUCAAAAAUAAAUUUUUACAAUUCCUAUACUCAGCUUGCAAAUGUUUUAUCUGUAAAAAACAAAAACGGGGGUAGGUGGACAAGGUUCUGUAAAACAGCUUUAACGAUUUUCCUAGAAAUUUCACAGCUUAUGUACAAUAUUAGCUAAUGGGCCACAUAGGGGAAAACUCUGGUUUGACCAUUAACAUCUUUAACUUGAACAACAUACAUCAGCAGGUAUUCCAGCAUGUCUUUAUUAAAGAAUGAAAUCAACAUUCAGGAACAUUUGCGCAGUCUUCUAAGCUCCUUUUCAGACCAUGGGGUCCAUAGGGCAGAUGAUGUUAAGGUCAUUUGUUUCUUAGGCCAGCGGUUGACAUACAGGGUGUCAUGUGGCCAGCAGAUAAACAGGACAGCACAAUGGUCAGCCGGCUUUACUAAAGUCAGAUAUUCUUUAGAGUUUGGUGUACUCAGGGGCGCCCUAAAAAUCUGUAAGUUCAAAAGCCCAGUCUUCACUGAGUUUCAAACCCAGGUCUCCAGGUUUGGAAGCCAGGUUCUAAGUCCAGAUCUAUAUUCCUAUCAUUAAACUAGAAUCUGUCUUUUUAAUGUUGCCAUGUUAAGAGCAAAGUAAUUGCUCUUACAAAAGUCAUCACCAUUGUAAUGAAGGAAUUGUCACUUGUUUUUUUUGUUUUUUUUUAAAUGACUUUUUCUUGAAUUUCUUUCAACAUUAAAAACAUUUUCAUGAGCAAAUGAUGUAUACAAAUGAUGUGCUGUGCGUCAGAUUACUGAGUGUGUCAGAUUAUCAUGAGUCAACUGUCAAAUUCAAGAAACCCUUUUUAAAAAAGCAAAAAUACUUAGCUUCUAAAACUGAAAAUUACCACAGUUUAUUAAUGGAACUUAUUGAGACUGACUUAAUUUAUUUAAAAUUUUUUGAUGUAAUCUUAUAUAGGUCAAAUUCUUUUAAUUGAAAAUUAGUUUGGCUGAACUAAGUGAGAAUGAUAUAUGAAUUUUGUCCUUCUUUUAUUUUUUUAACAGACCUGUUUUGAGUUUAUUUUUACUUAUCAAUCAAUGCAUUUUGUUGACAUAGAUUGCUGCAACAUGUUUUAUCACUUGACACUGAGUUUUGUUAAAAAGUUGGGUAAUUAGUACAAAACUAAAUCCCUUUACACUAGAUUUCUAGUCCCAAACCUUUAGACCUUAGUACCAUUGUUUUAUAUCCCCAUAAUCAUAGCUAUAUAAAACCGUAGACUGCAGAAACAGAUGACCUAUACAUCAUCUGCCUUAUAGACCACAAGGUCUGAAAGGGAAACUUUUUUUUUUACAACCACAGCUAUAUGAAAACAGGGUAGGAGUGGCUAAAUGGAACAAACCACUAAGCUACCAAUCAAUGGAGUUCUAGCUAAAUGGAACAAACCACUAAGCUACCAAUCAACGGAGUUCUAGUUCAAAGCCCCACUCAGGAUGAGUUGUGCUUGCUGAGCGCCUAAAGGCAGCACAGAAACCUUCUCCCAGAUACCCCCUACCCCAUCUUUUACACUAGAGAGAUUGGACCAUAGUGCAUCGAGCAUGCGCUAAACAUGAAAGAAGUGCUAUAUGAAAGCUAUUUAAAAAAAAAAAACAGGUGUAAAAUAAAUUAAAGAAUAUAUAACCCAGGACGCUGAUGACCCUUACAUAUGUUUUCAUUUUAAUUUUGGAACUUCACAUUUUUCUUUGGUCUUUCUAUAUAAAUACUUGUACAAAAAUAAGUUUGCUGUUCUUUAAAAAAAAAAUGUUGCAUUGAAGUUGUUGACUUUUCAAACAUUAUCUUGUUUUUUGCUGCCAUACUUUUUAUGAAACCUGAAAAUGAUUUGAGUUUAAAUUUUACAUUAAACAUGGACACUAAUUAU